GAAUCACAGCAAGCAAAAAACCGGGAGCGGAAGUGUCUGUUUGUUGUCAUCGACUAGCCUCAUGCGCUAAACUAUCUGCACGGAGUCUGCUUUCAUUGCGAGAUCUGAAAUCGAAAAAGAUGACAGCCCAGGAGGUCCGUCUGUGUGGUCUUCUGCUGCAGGAGCACUUUGGAGAAGUGGUGGAGAAAGUGGGAAGAAAUCUGCUCAAAAGUGGAACGCAAAAUUUAAGAGCCAUUGUUCAUGAAACUGGCUUGUCAGUGGAUCUGGUAAAGAAGUCUCUGUGCGUUCUUGUGCAACAUGGAGCCUGUUCGUUUAUUCAAGGUCGAAAAGGACCGGGGAGCCCGACGGAAUACAAAGCCCACUGCGAUCGGGUACUGAGAAUUCUGCGCUACCCACGUUACAUAUACACAGCCAAAACGCUGUACGGCGACACCGGUGAGCUUAUCAUAGAGGAGCUGCUGCAGAGGGGCCACAUGACGAUGAGCAACACAGUUAAGACAGUCGCAGACCGUCUAACUCAGAGUAUGGACGAGGGGUCGAGCAUGGAUUAUGGUGAAGUGUCCGCCACCUUUUCCAAACUGGUAGAGACUCAUUUUCUCCAGCGCUGUCCCCCAGCAGCAGGAGCAGGAACGACAGGGAGCAGUCAGACUGCCAAUUCGACUUCUGCAGCUCCUGCCAGCAGCACUGCACCCACACCGGAAAGCUUCCCCGACUGCUACAGGGUUCCUCAAGUGACACUCAUAGGCCGGAGCAAACGCUCGCUCGCCAGCGAGGAAGGAGAGGACCAAAGAAAUGCGAAAAAAGCGAAAAUGGACCCAGAGACUCAUGGGGAUGAGGGGAUUUACUGGCAGGUGAACUUUGAACGGUUCCACCAGCAUUUCCGGGAUCAGACUAUCAUCAGUGCUGUCGCCAACAAACUAGAUCAGACCAGCAGUGAAAUAGUGAGAACCAUGCUGAGGAUGAGUGAGGUGACAACCUCUUCCACUGCCCCGUGCACAAAACCCCUUUCAGCCAAUGAGAUCUUCAGGUCCCUCCCAGCUACUUACAACAUCCCCCGCCAUAUAUUGGACCAGUACCUCACUCUGCUGGUGGAUGACCCUAUGGAGUUUGUGGGGAAGGCUGGGGAAAGUGGAGGAGGAAUGUAUAUUGUCAAUCUGAACCAAGCAUUGGCUAACCUGGCACGGGCCACCCUGGAGUCCAUCGUACAAGAGAGAUUUGGCUCCAGAUCAGCGCGCAUCUUCCGCCUGUUGCUACGGAAACGUCAUCUGGAGCAGAAGCAAGUGGAGGAUUUCGCCAUGAUUCCAGCAAAAGAGGCUAAAGACAUGUUGUACACUCUGCUCUCACAGAACCUGGUCCAGCUUCAGGAAAUCCCCAAAACACCAGACUUUGCUCCCUCUCGGACCUUCUAUCUUUAUACCGUCAACCAGCUGCCUACUGCGAGAUUGCUGCUACAGAACUGUUACAAGACAGUGGCCAACCUUAUGGAGCGGCGGCUGUUUGAGGCCAAAGAAAGCAAGCGCCUUCUGGAGAAAUCGCAACGAAUCGAAGCUAUUUUGGCGUCUCUGCAGGCCAGCGGGGCCGAACCCGAACAGCUCACUGAAGUGGAAGAAAUGAUCACCGCUCCUGAAAAGCAACAACUGGAUAGCUUAAGGCUUCAUGUUAACAAAUUAGAUUCAGCAGAGAAUCAAGUGGAUGAAACAAUCUUUCUUCUGGAGUCCUACAUAAGUUCCUCUACAAAACCUACAAGUUAAGUCAGAUUUGGAAGAAUGACUGACACCCCACAUUUUACUUAAAAAUUAUUUGAUUUUGUUUUUUUGUCACAACAGUUUUAGAGUUUACAGCAAAUAUGUUUCGGUUAGAAGUGGAUUUAAAUCUGAUUGUUUUUAUUCCUUGCAAAUAAUAAACACAACAGGAGGAACCCUU